CUCCCAACUCAACCGACAGAGCGUUUGCCACUUUGAGAACGAGCAACGCGCGUUCCUGCUCUACAGUCGUCGUGAUCGUAGUUGUUACUUUUACUCCGUUUGCUGUUCUCGCACGAGACGUUUCCGUGAUUUCGAGUGUCGCGUUGUUGUCUGUCAUUUUAAUUACUUGACUGGUCUAUUUAAUCGGGUUAACAAUAAAUAUCUUGAAGUGAAUUUCAUCAUGAACUGUCAGUGGAGGAUGUUAUCCUGAGUGUCAGGACCCAUUGACCAUGGACAAUUCGCGAGGCUGUGCUAAUAAGUGAUUUUGAAUUCAACUUUCUAGCGUAGUGACAGUGAGACACUAACUCGAUUUCUUAUUAGUGUAGUGUGUAUAUCAAGUUUUGCAAGCCUAUUUGGCGUGCUAUCAGGCCCCAGGAGCAGAAGCUAUCAGCUCCUGUGAAGCCUCGGGCCUAUUGGUUUAAAUAAGGUUCAAGUGUAUUUUCAUCAUAAUCAAACGUUCCUACAAGUUGUCUUGUGACAAGUUGACAUAGCGUAUGGACCACGGAGCAAUGGAUAGUUCGUCUGAGCAUAGUAGCCGUGCUAGUCCAGUUACAGGGAGCCCAAAGCAUCCCCAUAGCCCGUCGGCUCAACAUAUACCAUCACAGCAGCAUCUUAGCUCUCAACAUCAACCACCACCGUCGCACCAAUCACAUCCUCGUGAUCAAUUACGUGAACAUCAUCGUGGUGUUCCAACUCCAGUAUCACCAACGCGAGGUUCACCACCUCAAGUUCAACCUCUAAGUCCUCCACCUUUGUCAGCUGGUGGAGGUCCAGGUGGUCUUCCUGGUAUGGUACCAAGAAUGCCAGGUCUUCCACCGCCAGAGCUACGUCUUCUUGGCCAGCUUGGUGGAAUGCUCAGUGGUCAUCAUGGCUCCCCACUUGAAUUUAUGGCUGCACAUCAUGGUGUCUUACCACCCAGAUCAUACAACAGUCCACCACCCAUCAGUUCCAGCGAUCCCACAGCUAAUGAGUGCAAAUUGGUUGAUUAUCGUGGUCAGAAAGUCGCAGCAUUCAUCAUUGCUGGAGAUACGAUGCUCUGUUUGCCUCAGGCAUUUGAAUUAUUCCUUAAACACUUGGUGGGUGGUCUUCAUACUGUUUAUACCAAACUUAAAAGACUCGAUAUUGUUCCACUCGUGUGCAACGUCGAGCAAGUCAGGAUUCUUCGUGGUCUUGGAGCUAUUCAGCCUGGAGUUAAUCGAUGCAAGUUACUCAGCUGCAAGGACUUUGAUGUCCUCUACAGGGACUGCACCACCGCCAGGUAUGCAUCACAACCAACUUACAUUUUUCCUUUCGCUGCAAACAAAAUUUCAUCCACUUAUUGGUAUGUGUUGGAUCGAAUGCUUCACAAAAGAAAUAACAUGGACCAACAUUUUGAGAACAGCUCCAGGCCAGGAAGACCGCCAAAGAGAGCUUCGAUGGGACUGAGUCUUGCAGCAAGUCAUCUGGCCGCUGCAGCUGGUCAUCCACAGCACUCGCUCAAAAAGCAUCGGUUGGACAACGGUGAUUACUAUGAAAAUGGCCAUCUUGAUGUUUCGAGAAUGGAAAAAUCGCCGUUGUUAGCAAACGGUUACAACCAACCACCCACACACUUGAGUCACAUGCAGUACAUGCAACUUGGAGGACAUCCAGGUGCAGGACAUACAGCAAUCCUCUCUCCUGCUAACCUUCCACAUCAUCUUCAAGCACAGGUGCAAGCACGAGUGGAGCAGGGACUCAAAGUUAAUCCAAACAUGACUAACAUGGAAGCUUUAGCAAGAUCGGGGGUGUGGGAGAACUGCCGAGCUGCCUACGAAGACAUCGUGAAGCAUCUCGAAAGGUUGAGAGAAGAAAGAGGAGAUGCUGAAAGAGCGCUGGCGUUGGAUCACAAACCAAGAGAUCUCAGUUCGCACAACGGCUCUUCGAAUGGUCACAGUCCAGUGUUGAAUCUUUCAAAAACUGCUGGAAGUGGUAGUGUUGGUGAACCAUCAGGAAGUGAAGGAGCUGCGUCACAUCGUUCUCAAGAUGACGAGGAAGAAGAUGACAACCUUUCAGACGACUUGGAGGAUGAUAACGAAAAGGAUGAAGAUCUCUCGGAUGUUCCGGAAAAUCUUCCCUUACCCGCGCCAGGAUCUGAAAGUCCACAAGCGCUCAAUUAUUCCCAAAUAGCCUCAGCUGCGGUUGCGGUAUCACAAGGGGCGCAAGACCCCUCAGUCUCGAGUACAGAAACACUGCUGAGGAAUAUUCAAGGAUUGCUGAAGGUUGCGGCUGACAAUGCGCGACAGCAGGAACGACAAAUCAACUACGAGAAAGCGGAGCUGAAGAUGGACGUUCUGCGGGAGAGAGAAGUGAAGGAUAGUUUGGAAAGACAACUCCAAGAUGAGCAGAAGACAAGAGUGUUGUACCAGAAACGCUUGAAAAAGGAGCGACGGGCAAGGAAACGACUUCAGGAGCAAUUGGAUGUAGAAAUUAAAAAACGUACACAAUUGGAGGAAGCGUUGAAGGCCACUGGAGCCACGUCAGAGCAAGUCAGAGCGAUAGCUGAAGUAACGACGGAAGCUCGUACAAAGUCAGAGCCAUCUGAUGACAUUCCAGCACACUCCCAAUCACAAUCAUCCCAACAGCAACAAUCAUCACAGCAGCAGCAGUCAUCUCAACAGUCUCAUCAACAACAACAGCAACAACAAGCUCAACAGUAUCGAGAAUCACAGGUGCCACGUCCACCCCAACAGCCAACGACGCCCGACGCUAUAAAGCCUGGCUGGGGAUACGGUUUAGACUUGAUCGGUGGUCAGGCUUCCGCCUUCUGGCAAAAUUACCAAGAAUCACUGGCCCAGGAGCUCGAGCAGGAGAGGAAGUCGCGGCAGCACCAGGCAGCCGAGAGGGAUCAAGUCAAGUCUCCCCUUCAAGAAUCUCGAACGGGUUACUACAAGAAUUCGGUUCUUUUUACAAGUGCAACCUAGAAGAGGAAGCCUGAUGAUAUGGGAUAUUGAAAAUUUAGAUCAAAACUGCCAGGUGCAACUUUGAGGAAGUGAGAUACAAAAGUAAAAGGAUCACGUGCUCACCAGAAUCGACGAAAGACAGCUUCUCUUCAUCAGACUUUGUCAGUUGAAAUGAAAGGGUGAAAAAUACGAAUGAUCCUUUGAUAUAAAAAAGGAAACAAAAUAUUAAAAAGCGUCAAAGGACAUGUGUGAAAGCACACCGACAGACGUCUCGAAAUGUAAAUUAUAUAAAAUAAGACUAGCGAUAAGGCGCUAUAGAUUAUCGGUAUUGUUACAGACAAGUCUAAAAGAUAAAAAAAUUGAUAACAAAAUACUUUGUAAUGUAUAAAUUAUAAUUUUGUCACCUAUCUAGCACAUAUCAACGAUGUGAUUGUGCAAUUUUUCUCCUUCUCACCCUCUGAUUGCCAGUAGCUUCAGGGGGUGAUAAGAGGGAGUUGAAGCACAUGAAAAAUACGUCACAUCGUUCGAAAGGUAAAGAAGAAAAAAAAAAAGAGAAAUAAAUAAAAAUAAACGAGGAAGUUUGGGAAAAAAAACUUCCAUAAAUAAAAGAAGUGUGGAGUGAAAAUAAUAAAGUCAAAAAAAAAAAAUUUGCACGUUAUUAUGAGAGUGAGAAAAAAAGAUAUAAUUUAUAAAGACUGCUUGUGAGUGCUUGCGAGAGUGCAUGCGUUCCAAUAGAGAUUAAAGUAUGAAUAUUAUUCUGUAUCGAUGCGAAUAAAUUAGAUGAUUUUUAAGUCUCAUCGACGAAAAUAACUGAUUCGAUCCUCGUUACUUUACAUUCCUUUACCACAUUCGUUUUUAUUUAAUUUUUUUAAUCGAAUGGGAGGAACGAGUGAUCGAAUUCGUCGAUCGUAGAAAUUCGUGCGAGUCACCAUGUGGACCUCACGCGAAUGAUUUGCGGCCACUGGAAUAUAAGACAGUAUCAAGAGAUUGAAAGCCAUCAUCAUUUAUCGAUCUUCAUAGCCGUACGGAGAUUUCAACUGUCGGCGCGAGAGAUUAUUUCCUCUUUCAAAUAUCAUGCUCUCUCUCGAUACUCAUUGUCGUACGUACAAAAAAUUAAUUUUAACAAAACAAAAAAUAAAUAUGUAUUUAAUAAAAAAAAAGGAACAAAAUAUUAAUUUAAUUGAUAAAUAAAUAAAUUCGCCAAAGAUAAUGAGGAAGGACCUUAAGAAUCUCUUGUGCCGAUAUUUAUAUAUAUAUAUAUAUAUAUAAAAACAAUAAGUGGGACUUUAAUAAAGAGAAUUAAAAAAAAAAAGUAAAAUAAAUUUAAUAAAAAAUUUCUCAAAAAAACCCACUGUAUCAUACGUAGAUCGAAAUGAGAAACUGUAGCCUCUUGAAUCUAACAACCUCUAUUUAUAUAAAUAAACUUAGCUAUUACCGACAAUUGAAUUUAAUCCAUAUGCGUGUAUCCCACGUUAAGUAUACGCGCGAGAAGUGAAAUACUUUUUUUUUUCACUUGUGGGAUAAGUGCAAGAAUAGUCUUCUUUGAGAUUAAUUAUAAUAAUAAAGAAUAUAGUUAAAUAUAAUAAAGUGUAAUAAUUAAUCAAUUAAUUCAAUCAAUUGAUUAUUUAAUUUAAAAGGAGACUAUAAAUUGAGAUCGAGAAUUAAGAAAAAGUCUUUCUCUUCGACGCGAUGUAUUUAAGAUUCAUGUACAAAGUCUUUUACUGCAAGAUCCUUGUGUUGUAAAGUUUACGUAAUCGUAGCGUCUAGGUAGAGACUAAGUAUAAUAGAA